AUGGGAAGAAGGCAAGUAUGGGAAGAAGGCAAGUAUGGGAAGAAGGCAAUAAUGGGAAGAAGGCAAGUAUGGGAAGAAGGCAAGUAUGGGAAGAAGGCAAGUAUGGGAAGAAGGCAAGUUUGGGAAGAAGGCAAGUAUGGGAAGAAGCCAAGUAUGAGAAGAAGGAAAAUAUGGGAAGAAGCAAAUAUGGGAAGAAGGCAAGUGUGGGAAGAAGGCAACUAUGGGAUGAAGGCAAGUAUGGGAAGAAGGCAAGUAGGGGAAGAAGGCAAGUAUGGGAAGAAGGAAAGUAUGGGAAGAAGGCAAGUAUGGGAAGAAGGCAAGUAUGGGAAGAAGGCAAGUAUGGGAAGAAGGCAAGUAGGGGAAGAAGGCAAAGAUGGGAAGAAGGCAACUAUGGGAAGAAGGCAAGUAUGGGAAGAAGGCAAGUUUGGGAAGAAGGCAAAUACGGGAAAAACGCAAAUAUGGGAAGAAUGA